AUGGCCGCAAACAUUGAAUUCCAUCACCAUAAAUUCACCAAGCAACUCAAUAUCCGACCCAGUGACUCCCAACCUAAAUUUGAUCGAAGCACCCAGUCUGGCAGUUGCGCAGACGGUGAGCCUCUGUACACCUUGAAAGAGAUAUUGUCAAUUCCAGAAGAAGCCAUCGUCAACGAAGCAGCUUAUCCCUUUCGGACUUCUAUCAACACCUCCACCGAAACGGUGAUGUCGGAGACUUCUCCAAUUGGUGCUUUGAAACAGUCCAGGCUGUCUCGGUGUUGGAUGGUCAUAAAGCGAAAGCUACCACUGAGACAAAACAAGUGA